AUGUCUCAGAACUACGAUGUCGGAACGAGGGCUUGGCAGCCCGAUGCCACCGAGGGUUGGGUCGCGUCUGAGGUCAUCAACAAGACUGUCGACGGCAACAAGGUCAAGCUGGUUUUCAAGCUUGACAGCGGCGAGGAAAAGACGGUAGAGGUCACCUCCGAGGCCCUUCAAAAUGGCGAUUCCUCCCUGCCUCCUUUAAUGAACCCGACCAUGCUCGAGGCUAGUGACGACCUGACGAACCUGUCCCAUCUCAAUGAGCCUGCCGUGUUGCAGGCCAUUCGUCUGCGAUAUGCGCAGAAAGAAAUCUACACAUACAGCGGUAUCGUCUUGAUUGCGGCAAAUCCCUUUGCUAGAGUAGACUCCCUCUAUGUACCUGGCAUGGUUCAGGUCUAUGCAGGCAAACAGAGGGCGACACAAGCGCCGCACUUGUUCGCUAUUGCAGAGGAGGCUUUCAUCGACAUGGUACGGAGCGGGAAGAACCAGACUAUUGUGGUAUCUGGCGAGUCCGGUGCUGGCAAAACCGUCAGCGCAAAGUACAUCAUGCGCUACUUCGCAACAAGAGAAUCGCCUGAUAACCCGGGAACGCGGUCCAAGAAGGGCGCUGAAGCUAUGAGCGAGACGGAAGAGCAAAUCUUGGCCACCAAUCCCAUCAUGGAGGCUUUUGGAAAUGCGAAAACAACGCGUAACGACAACUCCUCACGAUUCGGUAAAUACAUCGAAAUCAUGUUCGACGAAAAAACCAAUAUUAUCGGUGCUAAGAUUCGUACCUAUCUGCUUGAGCGAUCCAGACUUGUCUUCCAACCCCUGAAGGAGCGCAACUACCACAUCUUCUAUCAACUGGUUGCCGGUGCCACUGAUACUGAGCGGCAGGAGCUGAAUUUGCUUCCCAUAGAGCAGUUCGAGUACUUGAACCAAGGUAACUGCCCCACAAUAGACGGAGUUGACGAUAAAGCCGAAUUUGAGGCCACAAAGGCUUCUCUGAAGACCAUCGGCGUAAGCGAGGCCCAGCAGUCUGAAAUAUUCAAGCUACUUGCCGGCUUGCUUCACCUCGGCAAUGUCAAGAUCGGAGCUUCCCGCAAUGAUAGCGUUCUUGCGCCAACAGAACCAUCUUUGGAGUUGGCUUGCUCCAUACUCGGCGUCAAUGGCACCGAGUUUGCCAAAUGGAUCGUCAAGAAGCAACUGGUGACCCGAGGGGAGAAGAUUACUUCCAAUCUCACCCAAGCCCAAGCUAUUGUUGUCCGAGACUCAGUGGCUAAGUUCAUCUACUCCAGUCUUUUCGACUGGCUUGUUGAAAUUAUCAAUAUGAGCUUGGCAACAGAGGAUGUCCUAAACCGGGUUACUUCCUUUAUCGGUGUGCUCGAUAUUUACGGCUUUGAGCACUUCGCGAAGAACUCCUUUGAGCAGUUCUGUAUUAAUUACGCCAACGAAAAGCUACAGCAAGAAUUCAACCAGCAUGUCUUCAAGCUAGAACAAGAGGAAUACUUGAGAGAACAAAUUGAUUGGACGUUCAUUGAGUUCUCAGACAACCAGCCUGCCAUCGACCUGAUUGAGGGUAAGCUUGGCAUCCUGUCACUAUUGGACGAAGAGUCACGUCUGCCCAUGGGCUCAGACGAACAGUUCGUUACAAAGUUGCACCAUAACUAUGGAAGUGACAAGCACAAGUUCUACAAGAAACCUAGGUUCGGAAAGUCCGCCUUCACGGUGUGUCAUUAUGCCGUAGACGUCACCUACGAGUCUGAGGGCUUUAUUGAGAAGAACCGGGAUACUGUUCCCGACGAGCACAUGGCCGUGCUACGCGCCACAACCAACACAUUCCUCCGUAACGUCUUGGAUGCGGCCUCUGCCGUUCGAGAGAAGGAUUUGGCAUCUGCUUCGUCCAGUUCCGUGAAACCCGCCGCUGGUAGGAAGAUUGGUGUGGCCGUCAACCGGAAACCGACACUGGGAGGCAUCUUCCGUUCUUCAUUGAUCGAGCUCAUGAACACCAUUAACAACACGGAUGUGCAUUACAUUAGAUGUAUUAAGCCCAACGAGGCGAAAGAGUCGUGGAAGUUUGAGGGUCCUAUGGUUCUCAGUCAGCUGCGAGCUUGCGGUGUCCUCGAGACAGUACGAAUAAGCUGUGCUGGUUAUCCGACUCGGUGGACAUACGAAGAGUUCGCAUUGCGCUACUACAUGCUCGUUCACUCAGACCAGUGGACAUCGGAGAUUCGGGAGAUGGCCAACGCGAUUCUUUCCAAGGCUCUAGGUACUAGCUCUGGCAAAGGCACCGACAAGUACCAACUUGGUCUUACGAAGAUCUUCUUCCGUGCCGGCAUGCUUGCUUUCCUGGAGAACCUGCGCACCAGCCGUCUCAACGAUUGCGCCAUUCUCAUUCAGAAGAAUCUUCGCGCCAAAUUCUACCGCCACCGCUAUCUUGAAGCUCGGAACGCAAUUGUGACCUUUCAGUCCGCAGUCCGUGCAUAUAUCGCCCGAAAGCAGGCCCAGCAGCUCCGCACUGUCAAGGCCGCAACAACAAUUCAGCGGGUUUGGCGUGGCCAAAGGCAAAGGAAAGAGUACUUACGCAUCAGGAACGAUGUCGUCUUGGCGCAAGCGGCGGCCAAAGGUUACCUUCGAAGAAAAGAAAUCAUGGAGACCCGCGUAGGCAACGCUGCUGUCCUCAUCCAGCGUGUAUGGCGGUCUCGUCGCCAAGUUCUUGCUUGGAGACAAUACAGAAAGAAGGUUACUCUCAUUCAGAGCUUAUGGCGCGGCAAGGUCGCCCGGCGUGAUUACAAAAAGGUGCGCGAGGAGGCUCGCGACUUGAAACAGAUUUCGUACAAGCUCGAGAACAAGGUUGUCGAACUCACUCAGUCUCUAGGCUCCAUGAAGGCCCAGAACAAGAAUCUAGUUUCUCAAGUAGAGAACUAUGAGGGCCAGAUUAAAGCAUGGAAAAACCGCCACAACGCCCUCGAGGCACGGACGAAGGAGCUUCAAACCGAGGCCAACCAGGGUAGUAUUGCAGUCGCCAGACUGCAGGCUAUGGAAGACGAGAUGAAGAAGCUUCAGCAGAGCUUCGAAGAGUCAACUUCAAACAUCAAGAGAAUGCAAGAGGAGGAGCGAGAGUUGAGAGAGUCUCUGCGCUCCACCAGCACCGAACUAGACACCGUUCGACAGCAAAGUGCACAGAUUGAGAGCGAGAAGCUCUCGCUGCGCCAGCAGCUGGCCGAGCUUCAGGACCAGUUGGAGUUGGCCAGAAGACUUGCUCCCACUAACGGCGAGCUGACCAACGGCGCUGCUGCUCAGGCUCAGCCCUCAGCCGCAAGCGGUCUCAUCAACCUCGUAUCAUCCAAGAAGCCGAAGCGGCGAAGCGCUGGUGCUGAACCUCGCGAAAUGGAUCGGUUCAGCGCUGCAUAUAACCCUCGGCCCGUCUCCAUGGCGGUCACCAGUACUGCACUCAGGCAAAAUUUGCAAGGCGCUGGCUUCAUACCUGGAGUCGACAAUAUCGAACUUGAGCUUGAGACCCUCCUAGCCGACGAGGAUGGUCUAAAUGAGGAGGUCACAAUGGGUCUCAUUCGCAACCUGAAGAUCCCCUCUCCCAACACGAACCCCCCACCAUCUGAUAAGGAGGUUCUCUUCCCGUCAUAUUUGAUCAACUUGGUCACUUCAGAGAUGUGGAACAAUGGUUUUGUCAAGGAGUCGGAACGUUUCCUUGCCAAUGUCAUGCAGUCGAUCCAGCAAGAGGUCAUGCAACACGAUGGCGAUGAAGCCAUCAACCCUGGCGCCUUCUGGCUUUCUAACGUUCACGAGAUGCUCUCUUUUGUCUUCCUGGCCGAAGACUGGUACGAGGCCCAGAAGACAGACAAUUACGAGUACGACCGUCUCUUGGAAAUCGUCAAGCAUGAUCUUGAGAGCUUGGAGUUUAACAUUUACCACACUUGGAUGAAGGUUCUGAAGAAAAAGCUUCACAAGAUGAUUAUUCCGGCCAUCAUUGAGUCUCAAUCUCUUCCUGGGUUCGUUACCAAUGAGAGCAGCCGCUUUCUCGGAAAGCUUCUGCAGUCCAAUUCCACACCCGCCUAUAGCAUGGACAACCUUCUUAGUCUGCUGAACAGCGUAUUCCGCGCCAUGAAGGCCUACUACCUGGAAGAUUCGAUUAUCACUCAGACAAUCACUGAGUUGCUCCGCCUUGUCGGCGUUACCGCUUUUAACGACCUUCUGAUGAGACGUAACUUCCUCUCUUGGAAGCGUGGCCUCCAAAUCAAUUACAACAUUACACGCAUCGAGGAGUGGUGCAAGAGCCAUGACAUGCCCGAGGGCACCCUUCAAUUGGAGCAUCUGAUGCAAGCAACAAAGCUCCUUCAGUUGAAAAAGGCUACCCUGAAUGACAUUGAGAUCAUUCAGGACAUUUGCUGGAUGCUGUCGCCUAAUCAAAUUCAGAAGCUCUUGAAUCAGUAUCUAGUAGCAGACUACGAGCAGCCCAUCAAUGGCGAGAUUAUGAAGGCUGUUGCCUCUAGAGUGACAGAGAAGAGCGACGUUUUAUUGCUGCAGGCCGUCGACAUGGACGACAGCGGCCCAUACGAGAUUGCCGAGCCCCGAGUCAUAACGGCUUUGGAAACUUACACUCCCUCAUGGCUUCAAACGCCACGGUUGAAGCGCCUUGCUGAAAUCGUGUCUGCGCAGGCGAUUGCUCAGCAAGAGAAGCUGGAGUAUGACCCUGAGGAUGGCUUCGAACCCAAUGGUGACCUUGCUGAGGUUGAUGAGAACGACGUGGUCGCAUAA